AUGAAGACCAGCAUCCUGCUUGUGUUCCUUUGGGGUGUAUCCUGCGCUCUCCCUGUAACCAGGUAUCAAAAUGAUGAAUCUGAAAGUUCUAAAGAAUGGAAGGGUCAUCUGGCUCAGGCGUCAACACCAGCCUUGGAGAGCAGCGAGUCAUCAGAAGGAAGUCAACUUAGCUCAGAGGAACAGGCAAAUGAAGACCCCAGUGACAGCGCCGAGUCAGAGGAGGGCCCGGGCUCUGAUGAUCGUCAUUCUGUCCACAGACCGGCUGGUGGCCUCUCUAGGAGUGCAGGAAAAGAAGGAGAUGAUAAAGAUGAUGAUGAAGAUGACAGUGGAGAUGACACCUUUGGUGAUGACGACAGUGGCCCCGGGCCCGAAGAGAGACAAGAAGGAAACUCCAGGCUGGGAAGUGAUGAGGAUUCUGCUGACAUCACGCAAUCCAGCGAAGAGGGCACCCCACAAGGGGACGACAGUGCCCAAGAUGCCACCAGCGAGAGCAGGGACCUCGACGAUGAGGGGGACAGCAGGCGCGAGGGGGGUGACUCCACUCGCGACAGCGAGAGCGAGGAGCACCGGGUGGGAGGCGGCAGUGACGGGGAGAGCAGCCACGGGGACGGCUCCGAGUUCGAUGACGCAGGCAUGCGGAGCGAUGACCCCGCCAGCGGCAGGAGUGAGCGAGGAAGCUCCAGAAUGAGCAGCGCCGGUGUCGCAUCGGCGGAAUCCGGAAGGAACAGCGAGCGAAUAAGCGCUCAGCGCUCAGGGGCCAGCCAAUCAGCGGAGCGUCCCAGCAGGACGGCGUUCAGGAAGUCCCGCCUUUCCGCGGAAGACGGCGGAGGUGCGCUCGAUGGCGGCCACGCGACGGAAGAAGCCCAGAGUGACUCCACGGAGCACACGGACUCCAAAGAAGUGGCCCUCAGAGACUCCAGGGAGGACGGCGAUUACGAACCCCAAGAAGACAGGGAGGAGGCCCAGACCCAGGGGGACAGUGGCGACGCGCCAGAGCCCAGCAGUGAGUCGAGUGAAGAGGCCGACUUGCCGUCCGAGGAAAACAGCAGCAGCGAGUCCCAGGAAGAGGCCGCGACCGAGUCCAGGGGCGAUAACCCGGAUGACGCCGUGAGUCGCGCAGAGGACCAGGGCGACAGUGACUCCAGCGACUCCAGCGAGGAGGGCGGCGCGACCACACCGUCCAGCUCGGAAAGCGAGUCCAGAGAGGGGCAGGACGGCGAGUCCAGCGAGAGCCUCGCGUCCUCCGAGGAGAGCCCCGAGUCCACGGGGGACGAGAACAGUUCCAGCCAGGAGGGCCUCGGGUCUCGCAGCGCGUCGGCGGCCAGCCGGAGCGAGGAAGAGCAGGACAGUGACUCUCAGGACAGCAGCAGGUCCAGGGAAGACAGCGACUCCACUGAGAGCAAAUCCAGCAGCGAGGAAGACGGCCCGUCAAAAACCACUGAGAUAGAAAGCAGAAAGUUAACGGUGGACGCUUAUCACAACAAGCCCAUCGGGGACCAAGAUGACAACGACUGCCAAGACGGCUAUUAG